CGAACACACACGAACACGAACACACACGCUCACGCACGCACGAACGGCUCUGCGCGGCUUUUCUGAGUGUUACGGCACCCUCCGCCCGCCCCCGCGCGGCGCGGGCGGGGACCCACCGGUUCCGCUCAGCACCAGCAGCCGGCAAAGGAGGACCCCCGGGAACGAGACCCCGCCGUCCGGUGGCCCAGUCCUCUUCAGCCAUAGGCCCGCAUGGAGGGGACUGCGGAGUUCCAGACGCCUGACCUGCGAGAUGUGGAGGGCAAGGUGGGCAGGAAGACCCCUGAAGGGCUGCUCCGCGGGCUGCGAGGCGAAUGGGAGCCGGGAACCUCCGGCGCCCUGAUGCUCUCGGGGGCGCCUAGCACCGGCCACGGCCACAGCCUGGGGGACAAGAUCAUGGCGUUGAGGAUGGAGCUGGCUUACCUGCGAGCCAUCGAUGUGAAGAUCCUGCAGCAGCUGUUGACCUUGAAUGAGGGCAUCGAGGCUGUGCGCUGGCUGUUGGAGGAGAGGGGGACAGUGACCAGCCACUGCAGCAGCCUCACCAGCAGCCAAUAUAGCCUGACAGGCGGGAGCCCAGACCACUCAAGGCGAGGCAGCUGGGACAGCCUGCCGGACACCAGCUCCACUGACCGGCUGGACAGUCUCUCCAUUGGCAGCUUCUUAGACACGGUGGUCCCCAGCGAGCUGGAUGAACAGGGCCCCCCUGGGGCUCCCCGUCCUGAGACUGGGCAAAGGUUAUAUCCAGUGGGGACAGGGCCCAGUGGGGACAGGGCCAGGACUGAGGUGGACCUGACAGCCAGCAGGCUAGGGAAUUUGAGGGCUGUAUGGAAGCCCCCAGGGGAGGGGCUCCAAGGUGGACCUCCUGAGCCACUAGAGGAUGAGAGUGCCAAACUGGGCUUUGAGGCCCACUGGUACUGGCAGUGUCAGGAUGACGUGACCUUCUUAUAGUAACUCUCCCACCCUUUUGUAUUCCUGUGGCUCUUUCAUUGCUAGGCCCUGGUCUCCCUGGAAAUUUAUUCUCCCUCAUUCUGGGUCUAGGAAGAGGCUGCAUCAAAAUCAGUUACCAUGGAAAUCUGACCUUAUCAUCCUUCUGGUCCCUGAGGAGGCUUUGCCUUUAUCCCUCAAUUAUUGGGACCCUAGAGCUAUUUCCAUAGAUACAUUGACUCUAGAUGUUUGACCUGUGGCUUUUCGUAAGAUAGUAACUUCCCCUCCCCCUCCGUGCCCCCCCUUCCUCCCGGAACUAGGUAAGGAUUUGAGGGAUUUAGGACGCCUACGAGAUUGAUGAUGAAGAGUUGGGGGUGCGAUUACCUCAACCAACAUCUAGGAGUCUUGGCCCCCCCUCUUGGCCAAGAUGGAGAACUGUCGGGGGACAUGGACAUUCAGGGCCAACCCUCCAUGGAUUGGCCCUCCCAGAAGCCUCUGGGGUUGGUAGAACCAUCCCUUCCUAUCUGGUGAGUGAUGUCAUUUCCUGCCAGGAUGGAGUAGGCUUUCCUCUGUACCAUCUCUCAGGGGUGGGAGGCCAGUAUCGGGCAGCUGAGCCCCUGCUGCUAGGCAAGACCAUACCAUUUAUUCUCCAUACCGUUACUUCUUGCAAGUGGGAACAUACCCUUCCCCCUUCCUGGUAGGAAAGCUCACUGUCAGAGGUUUGUGUUUCUUUUCAGAAAGAUUGUUACUUUUUUUUUUUUAAGAUGUUAUUUAUUUGUUAGAGCACAAGUGAGGGGAGAAGCAGACUCCCCACUGAGCAGGAAGCCCAAUACGGAGUUCCAUCCCAGGACCCCAGGAUCAUGACCUGAGCCGAAGGCAGAUGCUCAACUGACUGAGCCACCCGGGCACCCCAGAUUCUUGCUUUUUAAAUGGGGUGUUCUCAUUUUAUUCUAGAGGGUUCACUUCCUUUGUGGCCAUACCCCUGUCGAUGUGACACUCUUGUAUCUGUGCUUUUAGGGAGGGAAAGGCAGGGCCCUCUACCUACGGCUCUCAAAAUUUGGCCUGCCCUGUUUGGCCCCCUGUCUUUCCCUGUCCCUGGGUUGCCCUCAUUCUUGUAUUCUGGCUCCAGAUCUGUCUGCCAGGAGGUUCAGCCUUUGUGUCUCCACACCUUCUAGGUUUCCACUUCCACAGGCCUUUUAUAUGCAGAUGAUCCCCCAUCCAACCCCCUUCUCUCCCUAUUGCUGAUGGAAAUCAGAGGAAGGAGACACCUGAAGUCUGGGAGUUCUGGGGGUGUAUCAUAAUUUCCAAAAGGGGGAGGUGUCUUCUCUGAUCCUGUGAUUUCCCUUCCCCCAUUCUGCCUCGGACCUUCCACCAUUUGGUCACAAGGAUGCCUGCCAGAGGCUGAGACACAAGAAAUCCCCUUGUCUGGGUUACAAUGAGUGGUGGUGAUGGUGGGGGUGUGGCAGGGAAAGACAGAGGCUCUUUGGUCCUAGGGCCCACGUCCUGGGAGGGGGAGAGAUCCAGAGAAAGGCUGCUUUCCUUCCUCCCUUAGAGCAAGCCCUAGACUCCUGGGACCUGAGGAGAGAGCAGGAGACCGGCUCUGGGCCUGGGUCCUAGGGCCCUAGUGAAUUACAGCAAAGAAAGAAUUCACAGAAGCUGCCAACCUGGGGCCCAGGAGGGGACAGGUCUGAGGCGGAGGCUGUACCUGAUGUCAGAGAAUGAAUUCUUGGAGAUUAUCCCUUUAAACCCCAGCUAACUGCCCAUAUUUUGGUCCUUAUCUUUCCUGGGGCCUGAAACUAAUUAUUGAAAAGCAAAAAGGAGAGAGAAGGAUGUCGGGUGAUCCUUGCCUAGCUGCUGUGCUGUCGUGUACGGAGGAGUCUCCCCCCAGAUCCUAGAGUAACUUCUGCAAUUUCUUUACUUUUCAUUCUGGGGAAGGGAAAGAAGCUAAGUUCAUCUCCACUUCCCCCAAAUUCCUCAGGUUUUGUUCUGCAAGCACCAUUCCAGUCGUUUUGGGGCAAUGCAUUCAGCCUAUGGCUCUCUCCCUAAAGACCCUCCCUUCUCCCAUCCCCUCAAAGUGAUCCAAAUCUCUGAAAUAUAUUCUUAGCCUCUCCUCCUCUGUUACCUACCAGCCCUCUCCAUACCACCUCUCCUGGUCUUGGGGCUCCGGACUUCCCCUCAGGCUGGGAAUUCAAAUACCCUUUUUCGGUCCCUACUCUGUUGCCAUUUUGUAGCGUGCUCUUGGGUAAGCUACCUUUUCACUUAGAAGGCUUGUAUCCCUUUUGAAGCUUGCUUGUUUGAUUAGGCUGCAAACUUCCGAGCUGAAGGGGUUGCGCGCCCUCUUGUGGCCAUUAUGCACCAUUGCCAGGAGUAGAUGCAUAGAGCCUUAAAGAAGACCAGCUUCUCAGUGCACUAACAGGCUGGAGAGACGGGCCUAGAGAGGGCAGAGAUUUCCCCAGUGUCACCUGCUGUAGAUCCAUGGCAAUGGCCUGGGUUAGAGAACCCAGAUCCACAGUGCCACUUGGCCAGACUGAUUGUUGCCUCACCCCACCCAGUCAACACCACUCAAGCCCGAAGGACCAAAAGCAAUUUUUCUGGUUCAAUAUUUGGG